UUUUCGGCCGCCAUUUCAGUUUAAAUUUACCGAAAUUUCUGGCGUCAUUGUCAUUCAUUCAGUACUUAGUUUCGUGCAGCGAUGCACUCUAAAUAAACCCACAUCCACAUUCCCCGUCCAGUUGCGUACACCUUUGAAAGAAAAUUCAAUUUUAAAACGGCACGUUUGGAAAUUCGUCAGACAGACAAUGCUUACAAAUAGAGACGGCUCCAAGUGAACACUAUUGACAAAAAACAAGCAUUUUCCGAGAAUUUCAAAAAAACCGAAAUCAUGAAUACUCCGAGUGCUACCGCGGUGAAGGCCCAGAUCGUGGAGAUGACGGGCGAGCACGUGGACCAGCUGCACGCGAUGUGGUCGCACUUGUUCGAGCCCAAGACCUGCGACGAGUUCCUCCACCGGCUGAAAGACCACACUCACAGCUUCUUUACGGAUCUGUUGAAUGAAUCCCGCGAGAAGCAGCAGGCGAUCCGCGGCGACAUAGACGCCUUACGGGCGGAGGCCUCCGACCUGACGCGUCUGCUCCACGAGCCUGUGGACAUCGGCAACCGGCCCGACGACAUGCCGCUGGUCAUCUGGCAGUUGAAACUGGACAAGAGCAUCGACCAUCUGCGCGAGGAGCUGGGCAGGCGUCGGGCAGAAAUAUGCGAGCUACUCCUGCAGCAGGAGCAGCUCUGCGAGGAGCUGGGCGAGCUUCCACAGCCCCUGCUGGCCGAUCCACUGCCCCUGCCUGAGGAAAUGGACGCCUUCCGCGAUCGCCUCGAGCAGCUACGCGAUCAGCGAGUGCUGCGCCUUAAGGAGAUGGACCAGCUUCGCCAGAGCAUCAAGCACGACAUGAAGCUGCUGGGUUGCCUUCCCCAGACAGACUCCGAGGAGCGUCUGCUCAACCAGGUUGACCAUUGCCUCACGCCAGAGGCCUUUGAGCGGCUGCGCCAUAUGCAGAAGUCCUUCGACGAACAGGUGAAGGAACUGCGCAAGUGCAUCGACGAGAUGCGCGACAAGAUCCGCGUUCUCUGGGAGCGACUCCAGGAGACGGACGAGUACGCCAUGCGUCGCGUGCGUGAUUCAACGUCCUAUAACCAGCGCACCUACGAUAUCCUGCGGGAGGAGCUGCAGCGCUGCCAGGCCCUGCGCCGACAGAACCUUAAGACCUUCAUCGAGCAGCUGCGCAUCGAGAUCAAGGAGUGGUGGGAUCUCACACUGAAGAGUCCGCAGGAGCGCAAGCGGUUCUCCAACUACUACAACGACUGGUACAAUGAGGAUCUAAUGGAAUUGCACGAACUGGAACUGGACGACCUAAAGACCUUCUAUAACAACAACAAAGACAUAUUCGACCUGUAUAAGAGUCGGGCUGAGCUCUGGGCGCGCAUGGAGGCCCUGGAGGCCAAAGCCAGCGAGCCCAAUCGCUUCAACAACCGCGGUGGCCAGUUGCUCAAAGAGGAGAAAGAGCGCAAGGCCAUAUCGUCCAAAUUGCCCAAGAUUGAGCAGCAGAUCACGGAACUGGUGCAUGCAUACGAGGCCCAGGAGAACACGGCCUUCCUAGUGCACGGCGAAAACAUUCUCGAGCUGAUGGCCGCCGACUGGGAGCGCCUUCGCCAGGCCAAGCAGCAACAGUCGGCCCGCAAGAAGGCUCCGGCGUCAGCCAACAAGAAUAUGCCGCCACCCGCUCCGGGAUCAACGGCUCCUCGCACGCCGCGCACUCUGCGCAACAUGUCGACCUUCUCCAGCUCCACUAUGUCGCUGCGCAAGACGCCCUCGCAGCAGCACCUGCGCCCGCUGAACGUUACCAAAAGCACGGGCAACCUGCACAAACGCCUGAAUCCAUCCAACCUGCAGACGGGCCCCAAGACGCCGAACGCCAAGCGCAGCUUAAUGAACACGCUGAACUCCAUGAAGACGCCGACCCACCGCUUGCUCGCCGGCGCCCAACAUAACCAGGUGAAGCCCACCAAGUCGCCGCUAAAGCGAGUGCGGGUGCUGGACAACACACUGCGACGCAGCGGCGGAAUGGGCAGGCGCAGCAUUGGUACGCGCUCAAGCAAAAAGCCCCGCACCAAGUCCACGGACCAGGACCCACCAAAUGACACAGACUACACAACGGACGAGAAUACCGAGCAAGGAGUGAGCUAUGACGAAUUCCAACCGACCAAUCGCUCAUCGAUGCUGCCGCGCAAGCGCCACCAGAUGGCCGUGCCACGGAAUCGCCACGGCCUCCAGCGGCCAGCGAUGGAGGAGGAGCUCCCGGAGGUCAAUGCCAAUCUGCCGACUCCACGGGAGAGCCUAAUGGUGGUGCAGCCGCGGCGACAUUUCUAGUUUCACUGGAGAUUAACUUAAAAUUAACACGUACCUACUACCCUUCACAGCUGCGUUUCUUAAUGUUUUUCUUUAUAUCUUGUGUUUUACGUUUUCAAAAUAAAAAUUAUGUGUGUUUGCUUGACCACGAGAA